AUGCGUACAUGGUGGGCAGGAGACUGCAGUAACUGGUCAGCUGGCUACGGGGAUGGCAGUAGACAGCUGUCUGCAGCCUGCUACAGGGAUGGCAGUAGACAGCUGUCUGUAGGCUGCUACGGGGAUGGCAGUAGACAGCUGUCUGCAGCCUGCUACAGGGAUGGCAGUAGACAGCUGUCUGUAGGUUGCUACGGGGAUGGCAGUAGACAGCUGUCUGCAGCCUGCUACAGGGAUGGCAGUGUGGAAAGGAUGAGUCAAUCUGAGGUGGACCCGGCGUUUAGGGUCAUCCCCAAACGGCAGACCUGUUUCUUGGUAUGGAGGAUAGAGAAUUUGCAAGUUGUACCAGUCCCAAGAGAACAUUAUGGGAAUUUUUACAAGGGUGACUCAUACAUUGUCCUCUCUGUUCGAGAUGUCAAAGGUUCAAUAGAUAUACAUGUCCACUUUUGGCUGGGAUCGCAGACAUCACAGGAUGAAGCUGGUGUGGCUGCAUACAAAACAGUUGAGCUGGACGAUCAUCUAGGGGGAGCUGCUGUCCAGCAUCGUGAGGUUGAGGGUCAAGAGUCCAAAGUUUUCAUGAGCUAUUUUAAAUCUCGGAAUGGCAUAAAAUAUUUGGAAGGAGGAGUUGCCAGUGGGUUUAACCAUGUGGAGCACACGCUGAGAGAGAGGCUGAUGCAAGUCAAGGGCAAGCAUCAUGUCAGAAUAUACGAGGUUCCGAUUACGUGGGACUCCAUGAACCAUGGUGACGUUUUUAUCCUUGACCUUGGCAAGGUCAUCUACAUCUGGCGAGGUCAAAAGGCCAGCAACACAGAGAAAAUGCAGGCAGCAAAAGCAGCAAACACAUUCCGAGGGGAACGAGGAGGUUGUGACAUUAUUUUUGUGACUGACGGCAAAGAGUCUGAACUGGAAGACGAAGAACUGAAGUUAUUUGACAAGUUUUUGCCGUUGAACCAAAAACAAGUGAAGGAUAUUGACGAAGCGGGUGCAGACGACGUUGUUGAACGGGCUGCGGCAGCUAGCAUCAAAUUAUACUUGUGCACGGAUGAAGGUGGUACACUCAAAGUGACAGAGAAGAAGACGGGGCCUUUGUAUAAAUCAGAUCUUAACACACAGGAUUGUUACAUCAUUGAUAAUGGCGUGGCAGGGAUUUGGGUUUGGGCCGGAAAGGAAUCCUCAAGAACAGAGAGAAAAGAGUCCAUGAGAAAUGCUUUGGGAUUUAUCAACAAGAAAGAGUAUCCCAGCAGCACACCCAUCACUCGUGUUGUCCAGGGGGGUGAACCAAUUGAAUUCAAGUGUUUGUUUAAGAGCUGGCCCCAACCUCAGGCCUCGGGAAAGGUUUAUAUCAAAAACAGAAUCGCCAAAACUGUCCAGACAAAGUUUGACGCCUCAACGUUGCAUAGUAACAGGUUACUAGCCGCUGAAACACAGAUGGUGGAUGAUGGGUCAGGAGAUGUGGAGAUCUGGCGUAUUGAGGACUUUGAGAUGGUCCCCCUCAAAGGGAUUUAUUAUGGCCAGUUUUUCGGGGGAGAUUGUUACAUUGUUCUGUAUAACUACAAAACUGGUGGACAGGAACAUUCCAUUAUCUACUACUGGCAGGGUUUAAAAUCAACAGCUGACGAACGUGGAACCUCGGCUUUAAAAGCUGUGGAAUUAGAUGAUAAAAUGGGAGGACGUGCAGUCCAGGUGCGUGUGGUACAGUACAAAGAACCUCCACAUUUCAUGGCCAUCUUCAGGGGCAGGAUGAUUAUCUUUGAGGGGGGUAAGGCUGGCUGGAAUAAGGAGGAGAGAGAUGAUGGCCCAGGGGACAGGUACAUGUUACAGGUACGCGGAACCUCCAUGCUCAACACCAAAGCUGUACAGGUUCCCAUGAGAGCUUCAUCUCUUAACUCUAAUGAUGUAUUUGUGAUAUUUGGAGCAAGAUUUCUGUAUAUAUGGUGUGGAAAGGGUAGCACAGGAGAUGAACGUGAAAUGGCGAAGAGAGUGGCUCACCUAUCCAACAGGGAACAAACAAUGGUAUUUGAGGGUCAGGAAAAGAAAGAUUUCUGGAAUGUACUCGGUGGAAAAGAAGAUUAUGCCAGUGACAAGAGACUUCAGGAAGAAGAAACCGCCCAGCCGGCUCGACUGUUUCAAUGUUCAAAUGCCAGUGGUGUGUUCACCGUGGAUGAAAUACCAGAUUUCACACAGUCUGACUUGGUAUCUGACGAUGUGAUGUUGCUAGACGCAUGUCACGCCAUCUUUGUCUGGGUAGGGGACGGUGCCAACGAAGAAGAAAAACGCCUUGCUCAAACUGUGGCAUUUGAAUACUUGGAAACAGACCCAGCCCACAGAGAUCCUGACACGCCCGUCAUGAAAAUACGACAGGGCUAUGAACCUCCCAACUUCACAGGAUUUUUUGGAGUUUGGGACCGAGAGCUUUGGAACAAAGGAAUGUCCAUUGAAGAGAUGGAGAAGGACUUAGCAGAAGGCAACCAGGGAAUUCAGAUUGUUAAAGAGACAGUAGAGGCUGCCGGAACCCUGGGAUUUAGCGAAGUCGCAAAAUACCCAUAUGAAGAACUGGCCCACAAACCCACGGAGGAACUUCCUGCAGGGGUCAACCCUUCUUGUAAAGAGAUUCACUUGACAGAAGAAGACUUUGAGAAAGUUUUCAAAAUGAAGCAUUCCGAGUUCCUUGGAAAGCCUGUUUGGAAACAAGUACAGAUGAAGAAAAACACUGGACUCUUUUAAAGAUGAACUUCUGCGUGAGGUUUAGAGAAUGGGAAAGCUCUUCAGACAGAUGUGGUUACCUGACGUCCAGUCAGUCAGAACUGUGGUAAUGAGGAGUGAGAAGGCCAAAGACUAUGAAAAUUGUCAGGAAACCAACAACUUUUUGUUUGAAAGUGGCAAAAAUCUGUCCAAACUGUUUUAUCAUUAUCAUUUUGAUGCAAAAUCCCCACAUGAACCUUGUGUUGUGUAACCAUAGUAACAGUGUUACAUGUUAAUAAGAUCUGACUGCAUCAAACGUGAACAAUGUACUAGUCUGACUUGUUCAUUGUAGCCAUGUCAUGUCUGUUUUGUUAUGAUAUUAUAAAACAUUCCACAAAAAACCUGAAAAAAAGGAAAGAAAAAAAAAGUUAUUUUAGUGAAAUAUUUAUCUUAUAUUUACACAAGACCUGACACCAAAAAUUUGCAUACCAGAAAGGUCUUGUUUUAGUCUUUGAAAUAAUGUUUUUGGUCAAAAGUAUAGGCCAAAAGUGAUAAUCAUUGUCAGCAAAUUUUUUUUCCUUUAAAAAAAGUCACCCAAAUGGUUGUUUAUUUAACUAUUGUUUGUUCUUUGGGUUAAUAAUCAAUACGAGAAUACUGCAUAGGCUUAAUAACCGUUGGGAAUAAGUAAGGUGUUGGGUUGAGCUUCUACCCAACGUGUUUUAAGUGACCACCUGUUUUAAGCAGCCAGUUAUUUUGUGUUUCCUUUCACUGGCCACAUACGACAGGUCUGACUGCAUAUCAGCAUUUGUGGUUGUGUGUGUUCUUUUUUUUGGUUUUUGCUUUGUUUAUGAAAAUGUCAAAAGUGGAAAUCAGAGAUAAAGUAAAAACAAGCUAAAAUGUGAAGUAAGACGCUUCAUACAGACAACUGAAAACUAUGCGUAAAAAUAUUUUGAUUUUUUUUUUUCAGAUUUGAUUAAGAGUGUUGAAAGGCAUUCAAAUAUUUGAAUUCACCAAUGGGCUUUAUGGGCCAUACUGAUACUAUCUAGGUACUCUGACGUCAUGUCACCUUUUUCUUCUAAUGCUGACCAGAGGAAGGAAUUUUUGGGAACAUUAUUUCAGUAAUCUUUUACUCAUGGGUAAAAAGAGUUAUUCCAACAUUCAUUGUCAUCAUUAGAGUUGGGAAAACUUCCUCUGACAUCAGAGUUCCUAAACUCUGGUAGUAUGCUCCAUAAAGCCUACCUUAGAAUUCAAAUGUUUGAACACCUUUAACUCUCUUCACAAAAAUCUGAAGAAGUAAAUGAAAGUGUACUUAUGCAUAGUUUUAAGUGGUCUAUUUAGUGAUGUCUACGUCAGUUUUAGAGGUCUUUUCCUUUAAGGGUUACAUUCAGUUGUAAGGUUUUAAUACUGUAUUUGACCUAAACUAAAGUGUCAUCUCUCUGCCAACUGUCUGCGGAUGGUCGUGGCCGCCCAGGUAUAAGUGAAAUAUUCUUGAAUACGGCACAAAACACCAAUCAAAUCAAUAAAUAAAUCAAUAAAAUGCCAUCCAUGACUAAGCUUUACUCAUUAUUUUUAAAAUUCUAAUGAUCUUACAAAGAUGUUUUGAUGUUUCUUUGGAAAGUAGGAUGAAAUCUUUAUUGGAAAUAUGGAUGGAAGUUUCAAUGCCAAAAGUAAUAUUUUAUGACUUUCGGUUUAAAAGCAAGUGACUUUUUACGUCUAAUACAAAUUGAUUUCUACAUCCAGAUUCUGUUGGCUGUUAUGGACAGAACUAAUGCAAGUCAAAGAAUUUCCAAAGACAAAAACAUGAGUCAAAUGAGGAGUCUAUUCCUAUAUUUUGGCACUAUCUGUAAAUACAUGAUUAGAAUUUGAUUGGUUUACACUUGUGUUAGUUCAUUUUGCAUAAUUGAGGCAAUAUUUAAGCAGUUGGCAUGUUCAUUUGUGUGCAUCGUAUCCUGUUGCUGAGUACAGCAGGGUUUCUUCUCUUUGGUUUUAAAGCCAUUUUCACAGUUGUCAAAAAGGCUUUCUGUCACAAAAAAACUUUUAUAUAGUUUUUCUUUUUUGUAUUCAGUCAAGAAAACAGCCAAAAGAUACUUAUUUAAAAGAAAAAAUAACAAAGGAAGUUAGUUAUCUUCCCGUAGACAACAUUCAGUUGCAUUUUGCUGAUCUUGUUCCUAAUCGGGCCAUAACACAGUAGAAGUAUCCUCAGUAAAUCCUGUCAAACAAAAAAAAAAAAAAAAAAAAAGUAAUGUAACAUGAAAUAGGAUAAAUGAUAAUAAGCUGAUUGUACACAUGUAUAUAUUUUGCACUGCUCAUUAUUUCCGAGCUGAACAUAUUCCAAGCUUAUUACAAACCGAAGUUUUUGUAAAUUGAUGAUCUGUCUGUCACUGUUCAUUUAUCACCGGUAGGAGAUGGGCGUUUUAAUUGUAUUGUUGAAUUAUUAUGAUUGUUACAAUGUAUUAAAAUAUUAUAGUGCAAUUCAGAAACCUUCCUUCACCAGAGCAUGCAUUUAAUACAUACAUGUAACAGUGUACUCCCCUUCCAGCGGAUGCGUGGCUUCCAUACUGGUCUUUGUCAACUUCUAGUUGGAUUUGUAAAUGUGGCUUGUUUGCAAUGUUCGUUCUUUGUGACGUACGUGCUUUGUUUUUUUAAUUAGCAACUGUACUUGUACUUACUUGUUACAUUAAGUCAUUUGUUUCCAAAUUUUAAGUGUAUAUGUACUUCUUUGUUUGAUGUCAACCAUGCGUUUUCAAGUUGUAAGUGUACUUGUACUUUGUUACACUUCAUCCAUGUGUUUUCAGGUUGUAAGUGUACUUGUACUUUGUUACACUUCAUCCAUGUGUAUUCAGGUUGUAAGUAUACUUGUACUUUGUUACACUUCAUCCAUGUGUUUUCAGGGUGUAAGUGUACUUGUACUUUGUUACACUUCACCCAUGUGUUUUCAAGUUGUAAAUGUACUUGUAUGUUGUUACACUUCACCCAUGUGUUUUCAAGUUGUAAGUGUACUUGUACUUUGUUACACUUCAUCCAUGUGUUUUCCAGUUGUUAAGUGUACUUGUACUUCUUUGUCAUGUUUGUUACCUACACUUCAUUCCUGUGUUUUCAAAUUGUAAGUGUACUUGUAUGCUUUGUUACACUUCAUCACUGUACAUGUAUGUCAAAAUUUGAAGUGUAAUCAAUUUAAUUUAAUUGUACACUGUUACAAGUGUCCGUUUCCUGCAAGGGGUUGUAAAUGUACUUUCACUUUCUUGUUACCAGUCAACCGUGUGGUCUGAAUUACCUUGUCACAAUUUUGAAUGUACUUUUUUGUUUGUUUUUUAAGUGUACUGUGUUUUCUUUUAGGUGUACUUUUCAGAUACUUCCUGUACUGUACUCACGUUUCCACUUGCAUCUGCUGUCAUUGAUGUUAAAUAAUUAUAUCUUCUACUUAAUUUCAAAGAUAGCAUAAAGGUUUUCUGUGUUAUUUUAUUUGGAUGUAGAUAUUAAUGUUGUAUUACAGAAAUAAAGUUUUGUAUGGAACAUUUUUCUUGGGAACAAGUUUUUAUUUUCAAACUCUCUGAUGCAUCUGAAGCAGUUUCCUUUCUCUUGAGGUUGGAUUGAUGAGUCAUUUAAAUUUGAAAAGAAAGAUAUGUAAAAAGAAACAUAUGUAUAUGUUUAGUUGUAAUUGAUUGAUCAGUAAGUCAUCCAUUCAGGGGGAAGAACUCUCAUAUGAAAAGAUGAUUCUACUUACAAACUGGCCACCAACCCCUUUCUUUCAUAGAGUUGAUUAAGAAGACAGUUUUCACUGUUACAUAUCAAUUUUUUGACUUUCUAACUUAAGGUGUGGAAAACCAUUCAAUUUUGUGUGAGUAUGUUAACUGUUGCUGGGUAUGUCAAGUGUGUUCAGAAUUUUGGUCAACCUGCUUUCUUUAUGUAUUUAACAUUUCACCUAAAGGUGUGCAUGUAAAAUGCAUUUUCGUAAGCACACAAGGGCCUUAAAAUGACAGUUUUGAUGUGAACACUUGAGUGUCUUUGAUAAAAAAUUUAUCAAGCUUCACGAGAAAAAAAGCUCACAUGUAGACCCACAAAGGGGAUUAUUCAAUCAUAAUCAAGCAAAAUGUGCUAACGCUAAGCUUUAGGGGAAAUACAGUAUUUCUGCUAAUACUUAGCAUUAGGUGAAGUACAGUACGCCUAUUUCUGCUAAUGCUAAGCUUUAAGUGAAAUACA